GACAUAAGGGACACUUUUGCGUGAUAGAAUGGAUGAACAGUCACAAGGCAUGCAGGGGCCUACUGCUCCACCAUUUCAGCCACAGAAAGCCUUGCGACCCGACAUGGGCUAUAAUACGCUUGCCAAUUUCCGAAUAGAGAAAAAGAUUGGCCGUGGGCAGUUCAGUGAAGUUUACAGAGCAACCUGCCUGUUGGAUGGGGUACCAGUGGCUCUGAAGAAGGUUCAGAUAUUUGAUUUAAUGGAUGCCAAAGCCCGUGCUGACUGCAUUAAAGAAAUAGAUCUUCUUAAGCAACUGAACCAUCCAAAUGUAAUUAAAUAUUAUGCGUCUUUCAUUGAAGACAAUGAACUGAACAUAGUGUUGGAAUUAGCUGAUGCUGGAGAUCUCUCUAGAAUGAUAAAGCAUUUUAAGAAACAGAAGAGGUUGAUUCCUGAAAGAACAGUUUGGAAGUAUUUUGUUCAGCUUUGCAGUGCCUUGGAACAUAUGCAUUCUCGUCGUGUUAUGCAUAGAGAUAUAAAGCCAGCUAAUGUGUUCAUUACAGCUACAGGGGUAGUAAAGCUUGGAGACCUUGGACUUGGUCGAUUUUUCAGCUCUAAAACCACAGCUGCACAUUCUUUAGUUGGUACACCUUAUUAUAUGUCUCCAGAGAGAAUACACGAAAAUGGUUACAACUUCAAAUCUGACAUCUGGUCUCUAGGAUGUCUGCUGUAUGAGAUGGCUGCACUGCAGAGUCCCUUUUAUGGUGAUAAAAUGAACUUGUACUCCCUGUGCAAGAAGAUAGAACAGUGUGACUACCCACCUCUCCCUUCAGAUCACUAUUCAGAGGAACUGCGACAAUUAGUUAAUAUGUGCAUCAACCCGGAUCCGGAGAAGCGACCAGACAUAACCUAUGUCUAUGAUGUAGCGAAACGUAUGCAUGCACACACUGCGAGCAGCUAAACAGAC